GUAGCAGCAUACAUCCCACUUGACCAGCAUACACUCCCAGUGGCAGUUGACCACCAUGUCCAAUGCAACGAAGCUCACUGCUUCCAUUCGCCCCUUCUUUCGCUUGCCCAGGAGGUUCCUCGGCAUGUACAACUUACGCACGGGAGUUGAAUUGAUCACCAUGUUUACCAUUCUCAACAAGGCUGCAGGGUUCUAUGGGUUUCUGGCUGUCUUUACAGGGGCUCAAAUCUCAGCAUGGCAGAUGAGCAUGUACGUGUACUCAAUACUCGCUGCUGUUUUCUUUUCUUGGUGCUUGAAGAACGUUCAAAGGGAGAAACCUCUUCCGACACUGGUGUAUGCAUACGCCUUUGUCGUUGAUUCGAUUAUCAACAUAGCAUAUACCGUCAUGUUUGCAACAACCUGGUUCCUCAUUCUGUCCAAGUCAAGUUCAACCGGCGCCGGCGACAAGAUGGUCCAGGACGUUGCUGGUUUUACCGAUCCAGCUCAUACUGUGGAGGAGGUUCACGUUGUGCCUACUCCUGGUGCGACGGGCGAGAAUGCCGACUUGGCCGUUACGCCCUCUAGUAUUGGCGUACCAGGAGUGGGCAAGGGUGUUUUACAGCCAGAAAGCUUGUCAAGUAUUAUGGCUAUUUGUUUUUUCUGGGCCGUCAAAGCCUAUUUUGUCUUGGUGGUGCUCAGUUAUGCUAAGCAGGUCGUCAAGGAUCAUGGAAUUGGUCAAGAGCGGUCGUUCAGUGCAGGCGAAACACCCAGCAUGACACUGGAGAGAUGGUUAACGGCGCUUCCUUUAUUUCGUUCAACCGGUUUAUCGGGGAGGAGCAAGUAUCGCCGGUCAGUUAGUUUCGGACGGGCGUAGGAUUAGAGCAAAUCAUACUGUCGUCGGGUCGUCGCAGGGUUCAGAUUCUGUGCUGCUGUUGCUGGUUACCACGCUGUACGUAUGCAUUCAAUUGCAAAGCCCCAAAUUCAAAGACCAUGAAACAGCUGCCGCUGCAGGGAGAAAAGGCUAGGUAU